AUGGCGAGUAACACCACAGCCACCGACUCCGGCCUCCCGCCAGACCUGUUCGACCAGACCACUCUCGUGUCCCUCGCCUCGACCGUCGUGAUCCUAGGCGUGGCCUACGCGACCUCGCUCAAGGCCCUCUCGCCGUCAACUCCCGGCAGCUACCGCUUCCUCUUCAUCUGGCACGCCUUCGACGCCCUGAUCCAUGUCUUUCUGGAAGGAAGCUUCCUCUACCACUGCUUCUUCAGCUCGGUACCCUACGAUAACCUGACCGUCGGCGACCUCCGCUCCGGCCGCUACUAUUCGACCCAGCAGGGCUACCUAGGCCAUGACAACCACAUCUGGGGCUCGCAGGCUGCCCCCGCCGACAACCCUUUCGCGCAGCUCUGGAUGGUAUACGCCCGCGCUGACAAGCGAUGGGCUGGCGCGGACACGACUGUCGUGAGCUUGGAGCUCCUGACAGUGCUCAUCGUUGCCCCGCUGGCCGUGCUCGUGUGCUACGAUAUCGCCAAGAAGAACGCGCGGGCCAACAUCCUGAUGGUUGUUAUCGCAACGGCUGAGCUGUAUGGAGGUUUCAUGACGUUCUGCCCGGAGUGGCUCACUGGAAACCAGUUCCUGGACACCAGCAACUUUAUGUACCUGUGGGUCUACCUGGUCUUCUUCAACAUGCUGUGGGUCUUCAUCCCGAUCUACGCCAUUUACGUCAGCUGGAACUCGAUCACCGCCGCUUUCACGACGCAGACUGUGGUUCAGGUGACCAAGAAGUCCAAGUAA